UUCCAUCCACGACACCAACCAUAUCAACAUCAACAUCGCCACACAAACCACCAAAAUCACCAGCUUUUCCAUCUCCUCUCUCUCUCUCUCUCUCUCUCGGUGUUGCGUGCUCUCCGUCUCAGCCAUGGCUGCCGCUGCCGACGCUGCUCCAAAGACGAUGAGAGCUGUGCAGUACGAUAAGUACGGCGGAGGACCAGAAGGCCUCAAGCAUGUGGAAGUGCCGAUCCCGGCGCCGAAGGAAGGGGAGUUGCUGAUCAAGAUGGAGGCGGCGAGCAUCAACCCCAUCGACUGGAAGAUUCAGAAGGGGAUGCUCCGCCUCUUCCUGCCCAAGAAAUUCCCCUUCAUUCCAGUUGGUGAUCUAUCCGGCGAGGUGGUGGAGCUCGGCGGCGGCGUGAGCGGCUUCAAGCCGGGAGACAAGGUCGUUUCCAUGAGCUUCCCGAACUGCGGCGGGCUCGCCGAGUACGCGGUGGCGCCGGCGUCGCUCACGGUGGCGAGGCCGCCCGAGGUGUCCGCGGCCGAUGGCGCCACCUUGCCGGCGGCCGCGGGCUCCGCGCUCCAGCAGCUGAAGGCGGCCGGAGUCAGGUUCGACGCGGACGCCGACGCCGCCGCCGCCGCCGGCGGCCCCAAGAACGUGCUGGUCACCGCGGCGUCGGGCGGCGUGGGCCACUACGCCGUUCAGCUCGCCAAGCUCGCCGGCCUCCACGUCACGGCCACCUGCGGCGCCCGCAACCUCGCCUUCGUCCGCGACGGCCUCGGCGCCGACGAGGCGCUCGACUACAGGACCCCCGACGGCGCCGCGCUGCGGAGCCCGUCGGGCAGGAGGUACGACGCGGUGGCGCACUGCGCGCCGCCGGCGCCGUGGCCGGUGUUCAGGGACGCCCUGGCCGACGCCGGCGGCGUCGUGGUCGACCUCACGCCGGGGGUCGCCGCCACCGUCAGGUCGUUCCUGCACAGGGUGACCUUCUCCAAGAAGAGGCUCGUGCCGCUGAUCCUGAUGCCCAAGAAGGAGGAGAUGGAGUGGCUGGUCGACAUGGCCAAGCAAGGGAAGCUCAAGACCACCAUAGAUUCCAAGUACCCUCUGAGCAGAGCACAGGAGGCUUGGGCUAAGAGCAUGGAAGGCCAUGCCACGGGCAAGAUCGUUGUAGAAAUGGGAGGCACAGAAUGAGCAUUGCAAAUUGCAAUGUACCUCCCUAAGUGUGAGGAUUAGCACCAUGGAUUCAUGAUGUCAUAAAAAAAAGAUGAACAGUUCGGAUUGAGUCUGUUGUAAUCAUUCUCCUCAUGCAAAGAUUCAGCCUCGAUCCAGAGUCAUUCACCUUA